ACGAGAAGAGGUGAGAUGAGGACAGGUACAAUAGAACAUCAGCUACUCCUCUUUCUAACCACUAGAUGGAGACAAACCAUAACUGAAGACAAACUGGCAACACAGUUCCCUGGAAACCCUCAGCAGAAGAAGAGCAGCAACGGUUUCCCGGGGCGGCCUGCUGUGGUUCUGUUCCUGUUGGGUCCGUCAGGUGUAGCAGAGAUGGAGCCCCCUGGAGGAGGAGAAGAGAAACUCUGCAUCUACCUGUUAGGAGGCAGAGGGGAGGAGGAGCAGGAGGUGACCAGGCGGGAGGUGGGCUGCCAAUGGGAGAGUCCUGAGGAAGCAACGAGAAAGGAGGUGGGCUGCCAGAGCAGCUGUGCUGAAACCAGGGACGCCGGUGUCCAGGUGGACCUACUGAGUCAGCACCUCAACUGGAGACACUCAGGUGGGCAGGAAGGUUCUUCUGCUAUGCUGCUGCAGUGUCUCACAGUCAGACCUGAUGGAUCGGAUGGUGGUGCUCUGCUUCAGCACUGCACCCCUAACCGGACCAGAACCAGAAUCAUCAGACCUGCAGUUAAACUCUCUGAUGAGCCCACUGAGACCAGGACUCGAACCAGGAAGAGACCGGUCCUGCAGAGCUCCAACACCAUCAGUCGAAAUGGCAGGCAAACCCGGCGCCGAAGCGAGUCUCCUGACCUCCAACAGGAAGAGGAGGAAGAGGUGGUUACAGUGGAGGAGGACACUGGUGAUCCCACUUGGACCCCUAACGGAGACAUGGCUGGCUCCCGGCCCUUGGCUCCCUCAGCCCCGCGGCCGGACUCCAACUCCUGGCACGGCCCCCUGCAGGCAGUAAAGCUGGAGCCCGACAGCACAGUAUGUGAUGUGUGCGGUAAGGUGAUGAAGAACAAGUCAAGCCUGGCGCGCCACUCCUUCAUCCACACUGGGAAGAAGCCGUUCGCCUGCCAUCUUUGUGAGCUUCGCUUCAACCGCCGCGACAAUCUGCAGCACCAUUUGAGCCGUCUGCACCCAGAUGGCAUGGCCAGGCGUGAGAAGCGGCAGUUGGCGCCCGCAUGGUUGUGUGCUGUCUGUGGGAAAACCUUCAGUUGUCGGUCUCGGUUGAAGACCCACGAGGUGAUCCACUCUGGCGUAAAACCGUACCAAUGCGACCUCUGCCCUAAAGCUUACAUGAGGACCAAUGACCUGGAGCACCACAGAAAGAUAGUGCAUGUGGCUGGCACUGCUGAGCCUCAGCGCCCUGCCUCACUGCUCUGUGACCUCUGCGGCAAAGAGUUCAAGUGCCGCUCGCAGCUCGCCGUCCAUUUCCAGACGCACACUGGCGAACGUCCUCAUCUCUGUGACAUCUGCGGCCGCAAGUUUGCUCGUCAGUACCAGCUCAAGCGCCACAAGAUCCUUUUGCACCCCAACCACAUCAACGCAGAGGAGAACCUGCCCCCCGACCUCACGUUCAUCUGCAACGUCUGCGGGAAGAGGCUGAAGUCUGAGGCCCUGCUCACUGCUCAUGCUCGCAUUCACAUGGGUGACAAACCCCAUCACUGCAGUGUUUGCCUGCGCAGCUUCCAGCGGGCCGCCUGCCUAAAACAGCACCACCUACGCGUGCACCUGAGGACGAAGGCUGGCGAGACAUCGCACGCCUCUGGGCGCAGGAGAAGCACCGCCACUUUGAGUGCCUUCCCCUGUCCCGUCUGUGGCAAGGUGUUCCGCUUCCGCUCCCUGCUGGCAGGCCACGCCCUUAUCCACAGUGACGUUCGGCCGUUCUCCUGCGACUUCUGCAGCCGCAGCUUCCGACGCCUCAGCCACCUCAAGAGGCACCAAGAGGUUGUUCACGCCAACGGAGCACGCCUGCCUGAGAGCUUCGUCUGCCACAUCUGCGGCAAGGACAAGAAGUGCCGUUCUCAGCUCGCCAGACACGUCAUCAUCCACACCGGAGAGCGGCCGUUCGUCUGCGAGCUCUGCCCCGCCCGUUUCAACCGCCGCGGCAAUCUGCAGCAGCACCAGAGACGCAUGCACGGAAUUGGCAAGCCGGGCGACAGUGAGGCUCCACCCAUCUUGUUUGAAGACGAAGUGGACGCUUUGAGCUACAAGCAGGAGGAGAUGGUGGAUGAUGGGGACGGAGUAGAUUCGCUGCACAGUCUGGACGGCAUGGACGUGGCCAGUGAGCCGUGUGAGGUCACGACGGACAGUGACGCCAUCGAGCAGCUGGAUGCCACCUGACAGGCGUGAUGUUCUGAGCGUGCUCACUCUGGAACCUUGUGAACGGUGACCAACGUUGCUGUAGAUCAGAUAAAUAUGUUGGUUGUCAUGGAAACGUGGAGUAUUUUGAGGCAACUGCCUGUGGAUGUGUCUCCAUGGCAACGGGGACUGAUUAAUUACAGACUGAUGAGGUGGAUCGAUGUUGAUUCUUCAAUCAGGUGGGACAGAAAUCAUCCAAUCAGGUAGCAGCAGCUUUUUUGCCUUCAUGCUAAUGUAUAAAAUGGUUCUGGAACCAAAACCCCUCAGAUGAAGUUCUUUUCCUUCAGUACGUUCUGAUGAGUUUUUGUUUGAAUGGUAAGAAUUUCUUCCUUUCCAUCUGCGAGUUGUUCUGUUUAAGUUUGACUUGGCUGCAUGUUCUGAUGUUUGAGAAUGUUUGGACCCAGUUUCUCUGUGUAGUUCUGUUGGCUCUCAGGUCAGGUUGGUGCCUUUCAGCAGUUGGGAGAAGAGAUGAUGGUUUUGAUUUAAUAAAAGUCUUCCCAUG